AUGAUCGAGAACAAUACCCGGCCCCCUGGUGACAGUAUUAUGAUGUACGAGGAACUGGAUGAACGCCUUUUUAAGCCGGUCAACCUACCCACGCUGUCCAUCCACAAAUUGGCCAAAGCAACGCCGAUUCCGCGGCUGGAAUGGCCGAAGUCGAUCACGUCCAAACGAGACGCGCUCGAGGUUAUCGAGCUUCGAAAUCAUCUCGUAGCCAGUCAGUGGAUCGCCGAGUCUGCAUUGAACCACCAGGGCGAGGACGGACUCAACGAGGACGAGGUGUGCGCUCUCUCGGCCUUGACAAUGAGAGACCUCGAUGACAGUGGGCGUGGCCUGUAUCCAUGGUCAUGGGGGCCGCGCGUCUGCCUCGGCCAGUACCGCCAGACGCCGAUCGGCGUCAGGAGCAACCCGAUGGCCGUAUUCCCCUACCAUCUCGAAGUCCCCGCAUGCACGCGGCGCUACUUUGCGUGGCGAAAGCGUAUGCACAAGGAGAGGGUCCUCCAUCCUCUGAUUCUCGCCUGCCACGCGAUGGUUUAUUUUCUACAAAUCCAUCCCUUCGUUGACGGGAACGGUCGCGUGUCUAGAAUGAUAAUGCAGGACUAUCUGAUGCGGCAGGGAUAUCUGCCUAGCUACAUGAAGUACCUGGACCGCGACGAGUACUUGAAGAUGAUCCAUCACGCCGCUGAUGGCGAUCCCUCGCUGCUUAUCGACCGCGUCUUGACUUCGCAGAUGGACUUUUUGUAUUCUUACAUGCUCGAUGAUCUGUCCAGCGGCUCGCCUACACCAGUCAGGUAG